CUUUGUUGUUACCCUUCUCAGACGUGAACUGACAUCACAGGCGUAAGUACAGGAAGUCACGAGGCGAAUUGGCUGGGUGGCCAUGGAAUGUUAGCGCUCGAAUUUCUUCGAGCGGCGAUUGUCGCUCGGGAAUUCUAUGCAACUCAGGCAAUGUAGGCACUCGGCAGCGAUGCCUAGGGCUACUCGUAAGUGCUGCAUUUCAAUAUCAGAUUUGUAGGCAAUCUAAGGUGCCAUAAUCGUUGACAAAGCGGCAGCGUGUAACUUCAACCGGAGGAAUAUCAGUAAGCAUUCGGGCAACCUGUUGAGCUGUCAUUCAGCUGAUGGUCUGGGCUGUGUUGCCAAGCAGGGACUUCCUGGCCGGGAUUGUGGUGGGUGCUCCUCUUCUUUUUGGCUACUGGCUUGAGAUCUUUCUGGCUUGCAUUGUAAAGAUAGAACGGGUGCUCAAGGAUGAUAGUCAGCGCGAGAGUUGCUUCAAGUCAGAGAAUGCCCGCUAUCAUUUUGCACCGAUCAUCGAGCCUGAGUGAG